AUAAUCUUACUUAAAAAAAAAAACUCUAUUAGUAAUUCAACUUCAACCGCUUGUAAAAUCUCAAAACCCUGAAUCUAAAAUCUCAAAACCCCUUCCCUUCCCAAUCGAAUUCCCCUCUUCCACAUUUUCAAACUCUCCACAAAUCACAACUCCAGAGAGAGCUCGCUGGUUCGCUCGCAACAAUGUCGGGUUUCUCACCAUUCGGAUCUUCAUCUUCUUCCACACAAUCUACAUCCGCAUUCUCAUUCGGAUCCUCACCCGCUUUCAAUUUCGGAUCUUCACCAUCCCCUUUCUCCACCACUACAAACCCUACCUCCGCCGCUUCUUCUUCUUCUUCUCCUUCCCCUUUCUCAUUCAAUCCCUCUUCCUCUUCAUCUUCAUCUUCCACCUCAACCGCUUCUCCCUUCAAUUUUGCAUCCUCUUCUUUCACCGCAUCUUCUUCCAUAUUCGGUUCAUCUUCCGCUUCUCCGGCGCCGGUAGCCUCAGCUCCGUCGAUUUUCGGCUCCUCUACUGGUUCCUCCGCGCCGGUUGCUUCAGCUCCGUCUAUUUUCGGUUCCACCACCACAGGUUCGCCGUUUGGUGGAACUCCUUCAACUCCAGCAACGAAUCUUUUUGGAGGAACACAAUCGGCUUCAACACCAGCAACGAAUCUUUUUGGAGGAACACCAUCGGCUUCAACGCCAGCUUCCACAUCGAUAUUUGGAGGAGCUGCAUCGGCAGCUUCAACACCAACUUCCACAUCGAUAUUUGGAGGAGCUGCACCGGCUUCAACACUUUUUGGAGGAACAUCAUCGGCUUCAACACCAACUUCCACAUCGAUAUUUGGAGGUGCGGCAUCGGCUUCAGCGCCGGCUUCCACAACGCUAUUUGGCGGAGGAGCUUCCUCGGCUUCUUCAACCCUGUUUGGAGCACCGUCAUCGGCUUCAGCUCCUUCUUCUGUGUUUGGAGCACCUGCAUCGGCGGCUUCUGCGCCGUCAUUUGGAUUUCCGUCAACUACUUCAACGACGCCGUUUGGAGGAACAGGUUCUGCUGCAACGACAUCGUUUGGGGGAAUAUCUUCUUCUACAACGACGCCGUUUGGUGGAUCUUCUACUUCUGCAGGAACGGCGUCGUUUUCAUCGUUUACUGGUUCAUCCAUUAUUUCAUCAUCUUCAGCAGCAACUACAACAAAUUCUUUAUUUUCAAACACGUUCUCUACAAAUGCUUCUUCAACUUCAACCACAACGACGUCGUUUCCACCUUUUGGAAAACACUCUGCUCCAGCAAGUACUAUAACUGCAACGACGUCGUCUAGUUCAUCGGGGUUCACCUUAGGAAACUCAAUUUCCUCUGCUUCUCAACCCUCAUUUGGAUUCAACAAUGUGUUAAGCUCUUCGGCUUCGUCUUCGACCGCCUCUGCAGUUUCCGGUACACCAGCGGCUUCAAAGCCGGCUGGUUUAUCGUUUUCUACAUCUUCAGAACCUUUGUUCUCUACCUCAACUGUGACGACUACCACAGCCUCGACAACGGCAACUGGUGCUGCAAUUGUUUCGGCGUCUGUGCCAGCUUUUGGUGCAAAUGCUGCAUCUUCUGCUCCGGCUAGUGGUGGAUUUUCAUCGACAGCUGCUCCGGUGGUAUAUAGUGUGUCUGGCUCGCCAUCGGUCAGUGGAGGAUCGACGUUUAGUUUUGGUGUAGGAAGCACGGCGCCAACUUCAUCAGCAUCUACUGCCUCUUUUGGGCCCGGGAUUUCAUUUGCUAACAAGGCUUCUACUCCGGUUGUUUCGGCAUCUACUGUUCCUGCAUUUGGGGUGAACACUUCAACCUCUACUGCUCCAGCAGUUUCUAGUUCGAGCACUAGUGCAACUCAGUUGUCAUCAGCUGUUGUUGUUGCUUCCAGUAGUGGAACUACUUCAACUGUCAGCACAUCAGUUGUUGCUACACCAAAAUUACCUUCUGAAAUCACAGGGAAGACUGUGGAGGAGAUUAUCAAGGAGUGGAAUGCUGAGUUGCAAGAGAGAACUGGAAAAUUUCGAAAACAAGCUAAUGCAAUAGCUGAAUGGGAUCGCAGGAUUUUACAGAACCGUGAUGUUCUAUUGAGGCUUGAGAUUGAAGUGGCAAAAGUAGUUGAGACACAAUCAAAUUUGGAGCGGCAAUUGGAGUUGAUAGAAACUCAUCAACAGGAGGUUGAUAAGGCUUUACAGAGCGUGGAGGACGAAGCUGAACGUAUUUACAAGGAUGAGCGUGGUUUACUUCUUGAUGAUGAAGCUGCGUCCACAAGAGAUGCAAUGUAUGAGCAGUCGGAAUUGAUAGAAAGGGAACUAGAGCAAAUGACAGAGCAGAUCAAGUCAAUUAUCCAUUCCCUUAAUUCUAACCAGGGUGGAGAGGUUGAAGCACCAGAUGGAAUGACUCCACUAGAUGCUGUAGUUCGAAUUUUAAAUAAUCAGCUAACAUCUCUCAUGUGGAUUGAUGAAAAGGCUGAAGAAUUUUCUUCUCGUAUUCAGAAGCUAGCUAACCAAGGUUCUGCAUCAGAUCGUGAACUAACAGGACCUGGAUUAUGGAUGUCUUGAUAUUUCAAAUUUGUAUAGUAUCUCAACCCUUUCAAAAUACAAGCAAGAGAACACACAUUUUUAAUGAGCAGCAUUAUGAAAUUUUGAGGAUUGUUAGUGGUAAGGAAUGUUGUAUCUUGUUGGAACCCUUACUGAAAAAGUUGAGAUCUGUAACUAGUUACUGCUGUGAUUUUACAGAUGUUCGAAGGUACACUGCAUGAGAAUUUGGAAAUAGUUAAGUGAAUUCUUUCGAAACAAAUGAUUUUUGUAGUUGAUA